AGCUGACUGACGCGCGGGCGAGAGACCUUCAAGGAUGGCGGCGUCAGCGGCGCUGAUCCUGCCGGAGAGCCCCAGCAUGAAGAAAGCUGUGCCGCUGAUAAAUUCGAUAGACACGGGAAGAUUCCCACGACUUCUCAGCCGCAUUCUUCAAAAGCUCCACCUGAAGGCCGAGAGCAGUUUCAGUGAAGAAGAAGAAGAAAAACUUCAGGCUGCAUUCUCUCUAGAGAAACAAGAGCUUCACCUGGUUCUGGAGACAAUAUCAUUUGUUUUGGAACAGGCAGUGUAUCACAACGUGAAGCCAGCGGCACUGCAGCAGCAACUAGAGACUAUUCAUCUUACACAAGACAAAGCAGAAGCAUUUGCCAGUGCUUGGUCGGCUAUGGGUCAAGAAACGGUUGAGAAGUUCAGACAGAGGAUCCUGGGCCCUCACAAGCUAGAGACAGUGGGAUGGCAGCUUAACCUGCAAAUGGCUCACUCGGCUCAAGCGAAGCUGCAGUCUCCCCAGGCCCUGUUGCAACUGGAAGUGAGCAAGGAAGACUCCAAGGUUCCUUCUGUGUCUCUUGAUCACAUUCACCCUACUUCCCCAACUCCUAGAUCCACCUCACCACACCCCAGCUAUGCAUCCAGCUUCAUAAGUUUAGCAUGGAGAAGGUUCUAGUGGAAUUCAAUCACAAGGAGUUGUUCGAUUUCUACAACAAGCUGGAGACCAUACAAGCUCAGCUGGAUUCCCUCACAUGAUGUUCUUGAAGACUGACUUCACAUUCCGGCCACCUCACUUGCAUUGAAGAGAGACUGCCCAAGUAUAUUUUCUAGAGGACUCAGUGACUUUAUUCCUACAGAUAAUACAGCUUAUUCCUUCUUAGACAAAUAACAGUGAAGGGAGAUCACACUGGGUUUCUAAUGUACCUUCUUUCCUCACAUGAACCAAGAGCAAGUGUUGAGAAAACUGUUUGAAAAAAGUAAAGAGUGAAUGCCAUACUGGUUUUUCUGUCAGAUUGCUUUCAGGGAUCAAUGAAGGUCUGAAGGCAGAAGGCAUGAUGGAUGCCUUAGCAGAAUAUGGAACCUUACCCAUUACAGUAAUUAAUUAGGGAAGCAGCCACAGGCCAUCAUAUGUUUUGGCACUUGUCCUACAACUUUAUUUUGCUUAAGUUUUACUGCAAGGAAGAAAUCUAACAUGGUGCCAGUGUGCUAUAAAUUAAUCCCACGGUGCCUCCUCUUGACUCCCCCCUAAAUGUUUCUGACUUUAAUGACUUAAAAAUCAUUUAGGUUUACAUAUACCUCUGCAAAUUAAUAACAGUGCACUUCUCAGUGUUUCAGAUCGUGAAUGAAAACUUUACCUGGAAUGAGUAUGACAUGGGAAUCUUACAUUUUAAAUCAGAAACUUUUUGCAUUCUCCUUUUAUGGAUAUGUUCAUUGGUUUCAGUCAAUAAAAAAUUUCUACUUUAGAAUUGUUUAAA